CCCCAAGUAUUCUUAAAAAAAAAUAUUCAAUGUACAGUUUUGACUUUCUAUGAAGACGUAAUAACAUUACGGCAGAGUGCAGAUGAUGAUUUUGUAAAAAUAUCAAGCAGCGCUGAUUGUGUUUUGAAUUUAUCAGCGAAAUAUUUUGUUGAUAAAAAAGCCUUAAGUGGCAGCAUUGUUGUAGUCAGUGUCAAUUCCAAUGCUUCAGCUGCUGAAAGUCAUUUAUUAAGAACGAUGCAUAAAGGCAAAAAAUAUUCUAUAAUGGUUAAAAAUGCAUUCCGACGACACGCGAAUGCGUCCCACUUUACGGAAAAAGCUAAAAACUAUCUGCUUAUAUUGAAAAAGAAAUUCGAACUUAUGAACCAUUUGGGACAAUUAAGCGGAUUGCCGACAUGGAAUCCCUUAGCAAAAGCUAUUGUGUAUUAUAAAUUAAAGAAAAGAGAAAAAGGUCCUGAAAUAGCGAUGUCGUUUAUAAAUGAUCUUAGAAAAUACAAAAUUCUAAAAAGUAUUGCGUUUAUAUACAGUCCCUUAACGGAAGAAGUCACUUCAUACUCAUGGACCCCGUACAGUGACAAAAAUUGUGCAGGAAAAUGUGAAUCUGUAUAUAUUUUAGACAAAUGUAGUAACAAUAGUAUAAAACAAUUAGAGGUUCAAAGGGAAAUGUUCCCAUUAGACCUAAAAGGCUGCCCUUUAAUAACUUACGCCGUAAUAUCCGAACCGUACGUGAUGCCUCCCGAAAGGAAAGUUUCGAGCACAAUGUGGAACGAUGCUUAUGAAUUUCAAAAAGGCGGAGAUAUUAAUCUCGUGAAGAUUGUAUGUCAAUUCGCAAACAUGAGCCUUAUUAUUCGUACGUCUCAGAAACAGGAAAAUUGGGGGGAAAUUAAUCCUAAUGGAACCGCGACUGGAGGCUAUGGUUUGUUGUUGAACGACUCAGUCGAUCUUCUCAUCGGUAACAUAGAAGUUACUAGAACUAUACGUAAGUUGUUCCAUCCCACUGUAAGUUACACUCAAGACGAGAUGACUUGGUGUGUGCCUAAAGCGAGACAAGCAGUUACUUGGGACAAUCUAAUUACAAUAUUUCAAUGGUCUACAUGGUUCGCCACUCUGACGAGUAUUUUAGUUAUGGGUCUGUUAUUUCAUUAUUUGCACUACAGAGAAAACAGAUCAACUACAAAAUGGCCGACAAACUCAAUUUUGAUGACAUUUUGUAUGCUACUCGGCUGGGCAGCUAAAUUCGAUCCCAAAUCGUCACCGUUCCGCAUACUGAUAUUUGUUUGGCUAUGUUUCAGUUUAAACAUGGGGAUAUCGUACGAAUCAUUUCUAAGGAGCUUUCUAAUGCACCCACGAUUCGAGAAACAGAUAAAUAGCGAGGCAGAUCUCAUUCGGUCUAGAAUUCCUUUGGGAGGCAGGGAGAUUUACCGAUCCUAUUUUGAGACUAAUAACGCAAGCUCGUUUUAUUUGUAUCGCAAAUAUAACUCGACAACGUUCUCGGAGGGGAUAAGGCGAGCGGCUCUUGAUAGGAAUUUCGCCGUUGUUUCUUCGAGGAGGCAGGCCGAAUACAUGGAUCAAAAAUUAGGUAAAGGUGCGGCGUUGAUUUACUGCUUUCACGAGAGCAAUAACCUAUACAAAUACGGUGUUGUUCUACUCGCUAGGAAAUGGUUCCCGAUGUUGGAGAGGUUCAAUAAUAUUAUACGAAGUGUGUCGGAAAACGGUCUAAUAGAUAAAUGGAACAAAGAGCUAUUUAUUCACAGCAUCAGGUCGGAUGGAACUAGCGCUAUCCUGCCGUUAAGUAUUCAGCAUUUGCUUGGGGCUUUUAUGUUGAUUGGUAUCUUAUAUAGUGUUAGUAUUAUGGUAUUUAUCGCUGAAGUAGUUUUGGGUUUCCUUAAGUAUAGGAGGGAAAUAAAAGUUGGAAAAUGUAAUGUACCCAUUCCGUAA